UACUGGAGCUAAACACUGACUCACACACUCUGUAUGAAGGACAGAGCUGCUCAGGGGAAGAACGGGGAAUGAUUUGCACACACCACUGGGAGCAGCAGAGAAAGAAAAGACAGUUCUAGAGGAAGAGAUGGAAUACCAGUGAGUGAGGAAGCUGAGGAACUAGGGAACAGGUUGGUAGCCACAUUACAUAGGGCGGGGGCAGAAAUAGAGUCAUGUUCCCAUUUCGCUUGGUUGCUGUGACAAACACCAUGAAAACAUGUUAUUAAGGGAGCAGAAAGUUUUCCUGUAGGUGACAAGUCACAGGCCAUCAUUGUACAGUCAGGACAAGGAUUCAAGCUGGAAUUCAUAAGACACAACAGAGGAUGAACCCCUCCUGAAAGAUUGCUAGGGGGUUGCUUUCAUCUCAUAAGGUGGCGACAGUGGGUGAGCCAGCUGUUUACAGCAAGCUGCAAACCUCUGUGCUUAAGCCCUAAAAUGAUCAUGGUGUUGGAAACUGACUCUGAGAGACAAUCCCUAUGCAGGCACACUGACAUUGUGGGGCUGCUGGCUGUCACAGGCAUGAAUGUGAUCUCAUUCCACACAGAACACAUACAAGUCAUGUAAAAGCAAGAAAUCAUGCCUAGGGUUGAUGGUACAUUGGGCUAGGUAGGCCAGAGCUUUGAUGGGGGUUACAGAUGCGGUUCCAAAGGAGGGAAUCUGGUUGCAAAGCUGAGAUGCUGUUUAUAUACAGGUAUCUCUGGGAGCAGUAGAGUAGAAAACACAUGUAUACCUGUGUAGACUUGCGAACCUGGGAAGUGGGAAAGAAACUAGGAGCCCUUUAAUAAAGUGCCGUUAAAGAAGUGACAGUUAUAGAAUCACCCUCAUGGCCAUGACCUAACAAUAGAAAACCUUGGUAACCAGGCAACCCACUGGUUACAGCAAGGACUAUAGGCUCUCUGGUCAGAGACUGUAGAGAGGGCAGGAUGUUCUCUUUCCAUCUUCGGACUACUCGAGGUUCAGGCCUCAAGAAAGACAACAGGGAAGCCCAUGAAGGUGUCUGGAGGCACAGGGUUCGCUCUUGCCUUCAACGCCUGUGGCCAUUUUCUCAAAGGGGAAAAAAUUUGACCAAAGCCAGCCAAGGACAGGACCUCAUUGAACAGGGUAAGAACUCUUCUGACACACAGGACAUGAGAAAGCCCUGUAGACACUCAGACAUUAGUUCAGGGACUGUGGUUAAGCUGGUGAACAACUUGGUGCCUUCUCUGCAGAAAGGGGACCCCAGCUUUGUCCCUGCAUUUCUGUCCACAUACCGAAGAUGUGCCACCACCCUACAGGUAUUGGAUCUGCUAUUCCUGAGGUAUUCACACUUCACAGCUGAUUCUGAGGAGGAUGAACAAGUAAAGAACACCCUCUGUAGCUUCCUGGAAACAUGGAUGGACAAGAACCCUGAGGACUUUUGUGACCUAUCAGACCUGUUGCCUCUGAAAUACCUGAAGGCCUACUUGAGUGUGUACAUGCCCCACUGUGAUCUUAGUGUUCGUGUCAAGAAGCUCCUGACACAGUUGGAGGAAGAACAUGCCAAGGAUUCCCAGGUCAAAGAUGAGGACGACUCAGAUUUGGGGACACAUAUUUCCUCAGAUCCAGAGAUUUUAUGGGUGUAAAUCAGCAAAGAAAAGAGCCACUCUGUAGCCAGAACCAACUUGUGCACCAGAGCUGUACGGUAUAGAAACCUCCAGAAGGUUCUGGGAUUUAUGAGUAGUUGCAGCUGUAUGUGGCAGCAGCAGUUCAGCCAGCACAGCUGAUAGCAGCUGUGGAAACUGUGUCUCCCUGUGUCUGUAGAUACAAGGUAUCUGUCUGUCAUCUCCUGCUUGCUACAGUGGGCCUUCCUAUUUAGAGUAUAGCCCUGUCACCUGUGAUCAUCAACUGGAGUCUCUCCUAUACUUGCCCCUCAUGAUCAGCUGCUGAUUUAAAUCCAACAGCAGUUCCAACCCCACAGCCAGACUAAAGCUCCCCCGAGUAAUAGUAUUUUAUUAUUUCUGAUGUUUUCAAUGUUGUGUUUAUUUUAAUUAUUGGUUUUAAUAAAUUAUUAAUUUGUU